GGAAUUUAGAAAAAUAACACUCGGUUCCACUUCUUGUCGAGAGCCCUCUGAGGACGUAACGCUAUACCGCCAUACCGGUGUUCCCAAUCUCCUCCCCUCCUCAAGCAUCAUGGAACAGGUGGCGUCCGACUCGGCCGCGGCUAGGGUAGGGUUUUCGUCCUCAUCCGCCGGUGGAUCUGUCAUAACCUUCCAGUUCUCUCCGUUGAGCGUCCUUAAGAUCCAGAAAGGGGAUAUCACUGAGUGGUCCGUGGACGGAUCGACCGAUGCGAUCGUAAAUGCAGCUAACGAACAAAUGCUUGGAGGUGGUGGUGUGGAUGGAGCUAUACAUAGAGCUGCUGGCCCAGAACUUCUUGAUGCGUGUCGCAAGGUACCAGAGGUCCGCAGAGGAGUACGCUGCCCCACAGGAGAAGCCAGAAUCACUCCAGCUUUCCAAUUACCUGUUUCGCAUGUGAUACACACUGUUGGUCCCAUCUAUGAUAAAGAUGAGCACCCUGAGGUUUCCCUCAGUAAUGCAUACAGAAAUAGCUUGAAGCUUGCUAAGGAGAAUAAUAUUCAAUACAUUGCUUUUCCAGCCAUAUCUUGUGGUGUUUACAGAUAUCCUUCCAAAGAGGCUUCCAGAAUUGCUAUAUCAGUGUUGACAGAGUUCCCUGAUGCCUUUAAAGAGAUACAUUUUGUGUUAUUCUCCGAUGAGCUCUAUGGUGUUUGGCUUGAGAGUGCUAGUAAUGACACGGGGUUGCAGUUGCUUGCUUAACGUGGGUAUUGAAGUUGAUCGCAGUGAGCAGCAGGGUUCACUAUAGUUGUGCUGUUCGUCUACUCUCAAUCGCGUGCGCUCUGAAAUCUAUACAGGGACCUCUGGUUUUCAAAGACCAUCAUCCCUUUUCUGUGCAGUGGGAUUAGAUUAUGCUAUUUGGUUACGAUGGCACCAAAAUGAUUUGAGUUUUCCUUUCCUUUCACUCUAAUAUAGUCAAUUACUUUCUACUA